UAUACAUAUAUAUAGCCUAGGUUCUUGUGAGCAAAGGCAUAUAUCCUAGGUUUUGUGAGCAAAGGGUGUGCAUUGUAACCAUGGCUAAAGCUCUCCUCGUUUCACCUUCCUACUUCAUCUUCUUCAUCUUCCUCAUUUUCUCUUCUACCACAAUCCCAGUUUUCGGAGAAGAAUACAGCUAUGUUCAAAGUGUCAAUCCUAAGAAAAUGAAAAUGCUGAGGGAAAAGGUAAGUCAUUUUAAACUUUAUUGGCAUGAUCUUGUUAGCGGGUCUAAUGCAACCUCAAUUACAGUGAUUAAAGCAGUGAAUAACACAACACCAUAUUUUGGUAUGAUAAAUAUAAUUGAUAACCCGUUAACCGUUGGGCCUAAUUUGAGCUCAAAAACAGUUGGAAAGGCCCAAGGGCUUUAUGCAUCUACGGGACAAAAAGAUGUUGAAAUAUUGAUGGUUAUGAAUUUUGCAUUCACUGAUGGGAAGUACAAUGGUAGCACAUUCACUGUAUUAGGACGAAACAAUGUUCCUGCUAAGGUAAGGGAGAUGCCAAUAAUCGGUGGCAGUGGGCUUUUCCGAUUUGCUAGAGGUUAUGUUCUAGCAACAACUUAUGAGCUCAGCAACACUGGAGAUGCCAAUAUUGAAUACAAUGCCUAUGUAAUACAUUAUUAAUGUGUGUGUGUGUGUGUUUUUUUUUUUCUAAUUUUUCUAUGGAGCUUUGGUCCACAAUAGUGAUAUACUUGAAUAAUCGUAUGCUCCCAACGUUAACUAAGUGGGAUUCUCUAGUUUUGUUUAGUUUGAAUAAAUUAGGUGGUUUUUACUUCACCUAAUUGAAUGUAAGCAUACAAUAAUAAAAUAAAAUGCUUAUUUACAUGGAUUAA